UGGUGAGGGCAAAAGCACCGCUGACAGCACAAGGGCUGGUGUUUGAUCUUGAAAGAGAGGAAACUUCUGAUUUUUUUUUUGCUUUCAGAAAAGAUCACCCUUAUUGUUGGUCAGUUGUCAGUCGCCACUGCCACUGAGCUGAGGAGUUUACAUUUCUGUUAUUUUUAUUUCCUACCAUGCCGACCUAAACUUCAGUUUGAAACAAAGUUUGUCAUGAGGGGCUGAUCAUUUGGUUCCUCUACACCCACCAUCCGAUCCCGUGUGUAUUUUGGUUUGACCUGGGAUUUACCUUUUUGGACCAACAGAGCUGGACGCUGGAAUUCUUACAAAUCUAGGGGAUAAAAUAUUUAUAUGUGGAGCAUAUGCCUUGGUCCAGAUCUGGAAUAUUUCACUCCCAAAUUUUCUGCAAAAUCAAGGUCUUUGAUGGUUCCAUUUUGGCAUUAGAAUCUUGAGACGACGCUUGAUGACUCGCUGCAUGAAUCGAUGAUCUCCUCCGGAUCCAUUUCUGACAUGGUCGGAUUUGCCAAGCAGUUUUAACCCUUAUUCUGGAAUAACGAUGCCCUAGAUCAAGGAUAUACUUACUCUGGAUUUAUCAUACCUUACUCAUCGGAAUUAUUUUGUGUGGAGAGCGUUUGAGGUCCUUCAAGUAACAUGGAGACGUGUCCAAAUACAAUUUUACCCAAUUCAUCGCAGCGGCAGUGGACUUGUCAUUUAAGCCAGCCACGCUGGCGUAGUUUGCCGUGGUGUGUGCUCAUCGUUGCUGUUUUGGUACUCUCAUCGUGCCAUGGGGGAAGGACUGAACAAGACCAUAUUUCAUUAUUUCAGGAUCUAUCUCAAGGGGUCUCCCAGGACCUACAAUUUGAAGAUUAUGAAAUAGCUCAUCCAGUUCAAGUAGAUUCCUCAGGGACUUAUCUUACACAUCAUUUAAAACCAGUGAGGAGGAAAAGGAGUAUACAAAAGAAGGAAAAUGAGAGGACAAAUACAAACAUUUUAUCAUCACCAAACUUUACAGACUCGCAGGAGAAAGAGCCUAAAGUUAAGCCUCAUUCUAGCGGUAGCAGCAUUCGUGGGAUUCAUGUUAAAUUUAAUGCAUUUGCUCAGGAUUUUGUGCUUGAACUGGUGGCAAAUGAAGAGCUCACGGCACCGGGAUUCAAGGUGCAACGGCGGAAGAAUGGCAAAACAACAGUCGAAGAGUACAUUCCUGAAAUCGAUAGCUGUCACUACCAUGGCAGGCUAACCUCUCACAAGGAUUCAUCCGCAGCAGUGAGUCUCUGUGAUGGAAUGGUAAGUUUAGUUGCUUCCUUUCUACAGGAUGGAAAAGUAUGGAAUACAAGUACUGAGUGAAUUCAGAAGGGUAUCUUUU